CGCGAGGCGGGGUCUUGGGGGAACCCAGGUGUCGGGACGGUACUCGCGGGUCAGCUGCCCCGUUAUCAACACUAUAAUAACACAUCACCCUUAACUGGCAUCUGGCCGGCUAUUAUUUAACUUCGGCUGCGCGUCGACCACUAGCAUAGUCCAGUCGACUAGUGAUGCGUUGGCAUCUCGUCGUGCACAGGAGAGAAUCCUUACGGAAGUUACAGCACCAGUUUUAGUGAGUCUUUAAUUUAGUUAGAAUGAAAGUUCGAACUGGCGUUUGCCUUCUCUUGCUGGCUGCAUUCGUGUUUGUUGCAGCGCAAGAAGAAGAGGUGUUUCAAAAUGUUGUGGAAGAGUUAACUGUGGAAACCGUGGAGAAGCCAGAAACUUGCGAUAUAACGUCAGAGAUGGGUGACACGCUGCAGAUUCACUACACGGGGAGGUUGAUGGACGGAAAGGUGAUCGACUCCUCUCUGUCUCGGGAUCCUCUGCUUGUGGAGUUGGGCAAAAGAACAGUCAUCACAGGUCUAGAACAGAGCUUGCUGGGAGUUUGUGAAGGACAGAAAAUCAAGGCCACCAUCCCACCCCACUUGGCCUAUGGGAAGAGAGGAUAUCCACCCACCAUACCAGGUGACGCGGCGCUGGUGUUCGAGGUGGAGGUGGUGUCCAUGAGCAAGCAGACGGCGUGGCAGAAGCUGGUGAGCGACGUGUUCCCCGUGCUGUGCCUGGCGCUGGUGCCCACGCUGCUGGGGCUGGUGGGCCUGUACCUCUACAACAAGGCCAACGCGCAGAAGGCCGGCAAGAAGAAGGCCAAGGACAAGAAGAGCAAGAAGAAAUGAGACCACCUCCACCACCAUGACCACCACGCUGAAAAGAAUAACUAUUUAAAUAAAAAAGGGGCCACCCAGCCC